UGAAAAUAGAUUCAGAGACAAAUGACCUGACGUUUUUUUCUUUCUUCUAGGAUAUAUUUUUGGAAAUGACUAAUCAAAAACCUCUUGGAUGCCAAUAAACACAAGAAUACAAUGGAAGGAGACGGGCUACUGAACGUCACUGCAAAUACCAGUACGAUGGAUAUCCACCCCGUCACACACAGCCUCUGGGAGGUGAUCACCAUUGCAACGGUAUCAGCUAUAGUCAGCCUCAUCACCAUUGUGGGGAAUAUGUUGGUUAUGCUCUCUUUUAAAGUCAACAGUCAGCUAAAGACAGUGAAUAAUUACUACCUGCUGAGUCUGGCAGCUGCAGAUCUCAUCAUAGGUGUUUUCUCCAUGAAUCUGUAUACCUCUUAUAUCCUGAUGGGCUACUGGGCCUUAGGAAACCUUGCCUGUGACCUGUGGUUGGCAGUGGACUAUGUAGCCAGUAAUGCCUCAGUGAUGAAUCUGUUGGUGAUCAGUUUUGACAGAUAUUUCUCCAUCACCAGGCCACUUACCUAUAGGGCCAAACGGACUCCCAAGAGAGCUGGGAUUAUGAUAGGUCUGGCCUGGCUGGUGUCGCUUAUUCUGUGGGCUCCACCGAUUCUCUGCUGGCAGUAUUUUGUUGGGAAAAGGACCGUCUCUGAGAAGCAAUGCCAGAUCCAGUUUUUCUCUGAGCCUGUAAUAACCUUUGGGACAGCAAUUGCUGCCUUUUAUAUUCCUGUGUCAGUCAUGACAAUCCUAUACUGUCGAAUCUACAAGGAGACAGAGAAAAGGACCAAAGACCUGGCUGAGCUUCAGGAGAUUAACUAUCCAGCACACUCUGGGGUCACCCAACCACAGAAGACCAUUAUCAAAUCCUGUUUUAGCUGUAAGCUAAAAACAGCUUCACAUGACAGGAACCAAGCCUCCUGGUCAUCCUCCAGCAGGAGCAAUGCUACCAAAUCAGCAGCCACCACAAACAAUGAAUGGUCCAAAGCUGGUCAGCUGACUACCUUCAACAGCUAUGCCUCCUCUGAGGAUGAGGACAGGCCUGUGUCUCCAGGAGGCUUCCAGCCGUCAUUUGGGAACCAGGCUUGUGAGACCAGCAAGAGUGGAGUAGGCAGCGAAAGCAAGCAGAUCAGCAGCUAUGAUGAUGACAGCUUCUUCCAGACACCUCCAAAAAACAAUUCUCAGAAGAGCAGCAGGUGUGUCUCCUAUAAGUUCAAACCUGUGGCCAAAGACACUCAUAUGGAGUACCAGAGCAAAAAUGGAGACACCAAACUGGCAUCAUCUGCAUUUUCCUCAGCUGAGUCCAUGAACGUUCCCUCCUUGACGCCUAGGACCAUAGAUGUGACACUGAAGAACCAGCUCACGAAGAGGAAGAGGAUGGUGCUUAUCAAGGAGAGGAAGGCAGCUCAGACUCUCAGUGCUAUCUUGCUGGCCUUCAUCCUAACAUGGACACCUUAUAACAUCAUGGUGCUGAUUUCCACAUUCUGCUCAGACUGCAUACCCCUCUCCCUCUGGCAUCUGGGCUACUGGCUUUGUUAUGUCAACAGCACUGUCAAUCCUAUGUGCUACGCCCUUUGCAACAAGACUUUUCAAAAGACCUUCCGCAUGCUCUUAUUCUGCCAGUGGAAGAAGAAAAGAAUUGAGGAGAAACUGUACUGGUAUGGGCAAAACCCUGUGGUUAGUUCCAAAGUGACAUGAACUUUUUAAAGAUGGUGUAUGAUGAUGGCUGUAAAUCAUACAGUAUGUUUGUACUGAUAAUCUGAUAAUUUUGGCUUUAUGAACUUUAAUUAGGUGACAUGAAGAGCAAAAUACUAUGUAAAGGAGAUGAUACAAUUUGUAGUGUUGCUAAUUAAUCAGUACAUUUGUUAUAGCGUAUGAUCAUCACAGCUCAAACUAUGGAAUUGGAGGAGCAUUGUCCCCAUAUAAUCAGUGAUGGUGUAUAUAGGUUCUAAAACAUAUCAGUAUUUGCCCCCAAAUCGAUGCCCUUAUGCACAAAAUGCCUUUGAUUAACACACCGAUUAUUUAAUAUUCUAUGGCUUUUGUACUCUGCAUGUACAGUUUAGUAUCUGGAGGCCACAAUACAAUUGAUCCAUUGUACAAUUUGACACUGUUAUUGGUUCAAACAUUGCCACGGUUCAGCUGAAGUUGA